AUGGAAACCAUACCUUCUGCUUAUUUGAGAAAUACAACGGGUACAACAGCGUUAUAUAAUGAGUAUUAUUUUCAAAUAGGAAAUGAUCGUGAAAAUAAAAAAAAAGGAAAAAUAAUGUUAAAAGUACCAUCAACAAAAGCAAAUAACACAAAAGACCAAGCACAAGUCUCUGCGACAUUACCAAAAGGAACACUACCAUCGCCGCCGGCAAUUACUACACAAGCACUGUUGAUCGAUCAAACCGAUGAUAAUGAAAAAGAAAAUGAGAAUAAUCAAACAAUUAUGAUUGAAAAUAUUCUAUCAACAGUAACAGAAGACCACCUUUAUGAUUUUUUCGUCGAUACGGGCGAUAUAAAAGUACUUUGUCUUCUUAACUUCACAUUCAAAUAUAUCGAAUCCUAA